AUGCCUAAAUAUGAUUUUAUAAUUUCACGUGCGGUUGACAUUGUCGCUCGGAAAUUGGCUGGUAUGAAUCCCGAAAUAAUAGCUCGAUUCACAAAGAUUUUAAGUGAAGAAGCUCGAAUGAUUUAUAAAGAACUUCAAUAUAGUGGUCAAAAUGUUAAUCCAGAUAUUUUAGCUGCAAAACUAGAAGGUGCUCUAAAACGAAUGAAAUAUGAACUUCGUAAUAAGGGACCUGACUUAUCACCACAUGAAUUUCCUAUAUUCAAUGUAUCAAAUAAUCCAAAUGCAGCUUAUUCUAAACCAAUCAAUCAUCUAUAUAAUAAACAUGACAGAAAAACCUAUCCAAAUUUUGUUAAACCAAGCCAACAACCAUUUUCAACAUCACAACAAAACUAUGAAUUAAUACAAACAACAAAUCCAAAUCCGUCAUCAUAUCUACCUUAUCAACAACAACCAAUUAUAGAUUGGUAUUCUUUAGAUCCAUCUACAACAUAUUCUGAAAAACCAAUAAUAUCAAUUGAUAAAUCAUCAACUAUAUAUCGUCCAUCAACAGGUGAUGAUAUACGCUCACGUUCAUUAUCACGUUCAAGUAGUGAUAGUGAAAUGAAUUAUACAGUAUAUUCGAAUUCUCAAAUUCAUAAAAAUUCACAAGAAACAAAUUAUAAAUCUGAUAAUAAUAAGAAAAAACUAAUAACAACAAAACGAAUAUAUGCUUCACCAACUACUGUUAUAGGUUCUGAAACAAUCGAAGAUUUAUUUCAAGUUAUGAAUAGUAAAGAAUCUACACCUUCAGAAUCAACGUCAACAACUAAACGUGUUAUUAUUAUCGAUCGAUAUGAUCCAAAUUCAUCAAAGAAAUAUCGAUCGAAACACAAAAAAGAAUUAUUGAAUACAUCAGCACCAAAAAUAACUACUACUAUUUCAACUAAACCUUCUACAGAAUAUAUAAUACAACAACCGACUUAUUACACUGCACAACAACCAAUUAUGUAUACGUCGAUGCCAAAUAAUAUUUAUUCAACUAGACCAUCGUAUGUUACUAAUACGACUGCAUAUUAUCCAUUUGUAUACUAUCGAUAA